UGCGACACUGGGAAGAUUGUUGUCAAAUUUUUGUUUGGGACUUCUUUUUAUGUUUAAAUGUUUAAAUUUAUAUGUAAUUAUUUAAAUAAAUACCGGACACUUUACUUUUAUGACAAUCAAUAAAUAUGGACUAUUUAGAAUCGGAUCUUUUCAGGGAUUGCACCGGAGGCGCUCCAAUGUUACAAAAAGCCACUUACCAUUGGGCUACGAUAACCUGCGAAUUUUUAGAUGCGGUCCAAGGGCUCGAAUUGGGCGAGCUGCUUCACGAUGAAUCCUUUGGGUUGUUUGAAGCAAUGUCUGCAAUCGAAAUGAUGGACCCGAAGAUGGAUGCUGGUAUGCUGUGUAAUCGCGGAAAUAAAAAGGCAAAGUCGUUCGAGCAAGCGGUUUCGGAUUCGACGUUGAAGUUAAAUAAUUUCUCCAACAGAGAACUGAUUGAUAUAAUUGACACCACUUUGGCAUGUAUCGUUUCAUGGUUAGAGGGACACUCUUUAGCACAAACUGUAUUUACAAAUUUAUAUCUGCACAAACCUUACUCAAUUGAAGAUAGAACGCUAAAGGUAUUUUCGUUGGCGGUGUACAAAGUCUUGGAAAUUAUUAAAGAGUUUAUACACAAGGCCAUUGUGUACGAAGAGGAGGAUUUUCAACCAAUGCAUUACGGGUAUCACUUAAAUCCAGAUCUUUCCGAACAGAGAAUGAUUGGAAUGCUCAGGGAAGUGGAAGAAGAGCUUCAUAAAAAGUCAAGAUCGAAAUUUCAAAAUGGACAACCUCUGCCAAAUGAAAUGGAUGAGACAGUUGCACUGUAUGCGAGAAUAAAAUUCGUCAGAGUGUUUUACCAGGCCCUCACGUUACUUUUACAAAGAAAAGAAGAUCCCCAACCAGCAAUAACAGAUUGCCAAAGAUUAUUCGUUACUGCUACAGAUAUGCUGCUGAUAAUGCAAAAAACGGUCCAAUCGGACGCACAACAAAGCAAUAUAUUAGAACACGCUCAGGUAUUAGGUUUUGAACCGCUUAUAAACCAAAGACUGCUACCUCCGACCUUCCCUCGCUACACGAAGAUUAAACCGAAAGAAGAAGCACUGGUGUACUUUGAAGAUAUAAUUGAACGAUUGAAGACGGUAUGCAAAAUUCACGGCAUUUCGUCGUUUCAUCAAGCCUUGGAUUUCUUCAUCGAGUUUAGCAAGAGCAGUCCAUGCCUUUUGUCACGUUCGGCCUUACAGUUAUUGUACUUGGGGAGCCAUAGUGCAGUACUCGCGUCUAAUCCAAAUAUUCUAAAAGAGUUACUAAAGGAUGCCGCAAAAUCGUUUAUUUCCCCUCCAGCAUUGAUGGCGAAGGCCAUCGUGUCAAAUCAGCAGGCCAAAAUGUACGUCGACACGUUCUUUUCUCAUUGCACAAGACCGUUCGCGAAUUUACUACAACUUUGCGGUCACAAUCGCGCCAGACAAAGGGAUAAGUUGGCUCAUUUGCUCGAGGAGUUUACCAGUUUGCAGGAUGAGGCAGAACGAGUGGACGCCUAUUUGCACAAUAUCUCAAUCAGUUGCACUUGGUCGAGACCACAUUUGGCUUGUUUCGGCACAUGGAUCUUGUACCACACUUUGAGAAUUAUGAUUAUGUAUCUGCUGGCUGGAUUUGAGUUGGAGUUGUAUAGUGUGCACGAGUAUUAUUACAUUUAUUGGUAUCUGUAUGAGUUCCUGUAUGGAUGGUUGGUAUCUGCACUAACACGAGCCGAUAGUUUCUUGGUUGAGCAAGAGCUAAUAGGUGAACUACGUAAAACGAAAGGGAAUAAGAAAAUCAAGCCCAAGUACAAGAAGAAAGCGAGACCUUACAAUCGAGAUAUACUAUUUUUUCAAGCGUUACAGAAUAUGUGCGGUGGCUAUUACAAGGCUCUGAUAGGGUUUAGAAUCGAUGAAAAGUUAACCAUGCCUCACCCUCAAUUUGAUAGCGAGCAGGUUCGAUAUGAACACAGAUUUGCACCCUUUCAAAGUUUACUAACACCACCACCAGUGCAAUACUCGGAGUUCAGGGAUAUGACCUCGCCAGCAAGGUGUAGUCAACAAGCAAUUGACAGCAUGUACUUGUAUAUAGCCGGCUGUAAGCACUUUCAUCAGGCCAGGCAACUGCUGGAAACUGUAACUCCGCUUGAUCCCGAGGUUGUGGAAUUACUCAAAAUUUGUAAAACAAAUUUUGUGGUCUUGAAAUUGCUAGCGGGUGGUCACAAAAAGGAAUCGACAACAUCACCUAACUUUGAUUUUUCUAAACAUAGACAUUUUCCUAUAAUUAAACUGUAAAAAAAUGUUUACUUAAUCGCUAGAAAUUUUGUGACUUUUGUUUAAGAGUAAAGUGUAUAGUUCGACUACUUUGA